AUGAUAAUUUAUUUAAAUUUAUGAAUUUAUUUAAUUUUAUUUAUUUUAAGUUUAAUAGUUUUUAUUUUUAAUCAUAAACAUUUAUUAAUAACAUUAAUUAGUUUAGAAAUAAUUGUAUUAAUUAUUUAUGGAAUAAUAUUUAUUUGUUUAAAUUUUAUAAAUUUUGAAUAUUUUUAUAGAAUAAUGUUUUUAACAUUUAGUGUUUGUGAAGGUUCUUUAGGAUUAUCAAUUUUAGUAGCUUUAAUUCGAACUCAUGGAAAUGAUUAUUUUCAAACUUUUAAUAUUUUACAAUGUUAA